GACGCAGUGUGAUCGCCCCAGACUGAGAGGAGGAGGCGGAGGAGAGAGACAGAAGGAGAGGACGCCACGCUUCACAUCACUCCGGGCGCCCUUCCGCAUCCCGAAAGGCUCCCGACGCCGACCCAUCAACGGCAACGACGAUCCCCGCGCGGGGCGACGGAGAGCCCUUGGACCCCCGGGGGCGGGGGGAGACGCUGCCUGCCGUGCGUGGAUGAAAAGCAGAGCGGCGCCGCCUGAACAAAGAACCCGCCUGUGAGCAGACGCCAGGGAACCCGCCGCUGUGAAGCAUCAGUCAGCGCUGAACAAUGAGGAAAAGGGACAGGAAGUCCACAUCCGAUCAGAGAGGCAGACGCCCACGAAGGACUUGAGGAUCGAGCAAUCGGGGAGCCUUGGCUGAUUCCUGACUCCAGCUUGUGCUUCAAGGGGAAAAGUAUCUUCUAAAUGUCCUCAUCCAUCAGUGAAUGCCCCAUGGUGGGGAUCUCUUGGCCAUUUUCUCCAAUGGAUACCCUAGCAGCAUCCCCUCAGACCCAGAAGACAGCACCGGGAGGGCCGAGACAAAGCAGGACUUCUCGGGCGGCAUUCCUCGGCUUCCUCGUAAUGCUGUCCGUCUUGGGGUUACCGACGGUUACGGCCGAUUGUUGGCUCAUCGAGGGGGAGAAAGGCUUCGUGUGGUUGGCCAUCUGCAGCAUGAACCAGCCGCCCUACGAGGCCAUACCCUCACACAUCAACAGCACCAUUGUGGACUUGAGGCUGAACGAGAACAAGAUCCGCUCGGUCCACUACUCCUCUCUCAGUCGCUUUGGCAACCUCACCUACUUGAACCUCACCAAGAACGACAUCAGCUACGUGGAGGACGGAGCUUUCUCGGCACAGUUCAAUCUGCAGGUUCUCCAGAUGGGCUUCAACAAACUGAGGAACCUGACAGAGGGGAUGCUGCGGGGGUUGGGCAAGCUUCAGUACCUCUACCUGCAAGCCAACCUCAUCGAGAUGGUCACGCCCAACACCUUCUGGGAGUGCCCCAACAUUGAGAACAUCGACCUCUCCAUGAACAGGAUCCAGGUGCUGGACGGCAGUCUGUUCACUGGACUUUCCAAGCUGACCACUUGCGAACUUUACACCAAUCCCUUCAAUUGCUCCUGCGAGCUGCUGGGCUUUCUGCGCUGGCUUGGCGCCUUCCCCAACAGGACCAGCGAGAGGAUGGUGUGCGAUUCGCCUCAAGGAUUCUCAGGGUACAAUCUCCUGAGCCAAAAUCCCCGCAUGCCCACGCAACGCAACGCCCUGCACGUGCUCAGCUUAGUGUGCACCGAGGUCGGCGGCAACGCAACAUCUUUUUACAUCAACGGCUUGUUAGACGCCACCACCCUGUCCCCGGAUUUCUCCCCAUGUGGACUGGACGACUGCGCUUCGGGCACACCCCCCGACGAGGUGAUCUAUCACACCAUUUUUACGGAAACCAACCCCAUCAUGACUCUGAAGCAGCUGCUGCACACGAGUGCUGUGAUCACGGUGGAAAUCCCUCAUCCCUACAAAAAAAUGUACAUCCUGAUGCUUUACAACAAUAGCUUCUUCACUGAUAUCCAAAAGCUGAAGAAUCAAAGAGAAGACAUCGAGCUGAAGAACUUAAAACCCAACACGGACUACACAUACUGUGUGGCCUCCAUACGCAACUCUUUGCGCUUCAACCACACCUGCCUGACCAUUUCCACUGGCCGCAGGGGGGGGCCGGAAAGGGUAGCCAAUCAGUCGUCAGCGACCCACUACAUUAUGACUAUCCUGGGAUGCUUGUUCGGAAUGCUGCUUUUCCUCGGAUUUGUUGUCCACUGCCUGAGGAGGAGGAGGAUCAUGGAGGAGAAGGAACGCAAGAUGAGCAGGAUCCAGAGAACUCUGAUAGAGCUCAAGUACGGUGGUGAAGGGGAUAUCGAAGGAAGCAGUGGCGGUCCUGUUUCUCAGAAGCUUGCCGGCGGGGACAGUUUGUCCAGGAUGCCCUACCUACCUCAGGGUGCCGAGAUAGAUCCAUACCAGCUGCAGGAGGUGGUGGAAACGCCCCCACACAAGCCUGCUAAGCUUAACUACAUGGAGGUCAGAGGGUCUGGUGCGGCGCAAGAUAUGUCGCUGCAAGCCAACCCUCAGGGGUCUGUUGCUGAGAUCUCCACCAUCGCUAAAGAAGUGGAUAAAGUGAACCAGAUCAUCAACAACUGCAUAGAUGCUCUCAAGUCGGAAUCUACCUCCUUCCAACAGGGGAUCAAAUCCCCAUCUUCUGCAGGUGGAGGCGCCGUUUCCACAGCAGAGCCCCAGUUGGUGCUCCUCUCUGAGCAAGGAGAGCGAGGAGGCAGAGGAGGAGAGUUCCUCUCCCCAGUCUAUAAGGGAGCGAGAGGAGGGCGAGGAUACCAUCACUCACUGCAACGACACCACAGCAUGGAGGCUCCCCCGACCUCCAAGAGGCCCAGCACAUCCUCCUCUCCCGGUUCUACCCGAAGCCCACGCUCAUUCCACUCUGAAGGAGCCUAUCACUCCUCGGAGACUCGCUACAUUGAGAGGACCUCGCCAGGCGAGAGAGGAGAAAGGGGAGGAGAGGAGACCAUCCGUACUGUCAAUCCGGCAGCAGCUAUUCUGCGAGCUGAGGCCCAGAGAAUCCGCCAGUACCACGAGCACCGCCACUCCUACCCCGGCUCCCAGCAACACCUCCAGGAACUGCAGCACCACCCCCAGAUCAUGCAGGAGCUUCAUUACCAUCCUGGUGGCCGCAAGCCCUCCGUACUGGACCCGCUCACCCUCAGCCGGCAGGCCAAGCAGCGGGAGUUGGCCUACUCGCAGCUGGCGCCACAUUACCCUCUGUCACCGCAGUACCACAACCUCAGCUACUGCUCCAGCCCCGACGAGGAUGAGGAGGAGGAAGAGGAAGGGCUCCUCUGCACGCCGACCCUCGGCCUGUGGGAGCGCUUCAAACUGCACCGCAAGAGGCACCGGCAGGCGUCCAUGGAGGACGAAAGCUAUGUGGCGGCCGGGCAUGCAUUACGGCGGAAGGUUCAGUUCGCGAAAGACGAGGAUCUCCACGACAUUUUGGACUACUGGAAGGGGGUGUCGGCCCAGCAAAAGGCCUGAGGGAAACAUACACUGUGAACACACACCUGUAAAUACACACAAACUCAGAAACCAGGAUGUGAAGGACUCAACAUACAGAUCUUUCAAAGCCUUCCCAAAAACAUGGCAUGGAGGACCAAAAUGGAGUCAUACACAACCACAAAAUUCCCAACUUUUACCGAUUCUUUUCUAAUCUAACGGAACUCACAGCUCCAACUUAUGUAGCUCUUUGUAUGUUUUCAGUGAGACGAGAUAAAGUUAGCGGGCGACAUGUCCUGAAAUUUGACUUAGCUUAAACAGGAAGGGACUGCCUCCGCAAGAGACACUAACGCCCUUUUCCCACUGCACUACUCAGCUGGACUCCAGAGUGAUGAGUUUCCACUAGCAAACCCAGGUACCAUGGCAAGGUACUAUUUGUAGUAUUGCUGGUAGAUUAUUCAGCUUCAUCGUGGACUGGAUGCCAGCCGGCGUUGCUGAGCGAGGGUACAUCGGCAAACCUCACUCCCUGAGCCUUGUGAGGCUCGACGCCUAGCUCUCUCGACUCUCAUGCAACCGGCGGUUGCUGGUUGAACCAGGCGCUUACAACCGCGUACAUGAGAAAAGCGCAACUUGCAAUGCAAGAGACCUUCCUUCUACUCCGAUGUUGACCAUCACUGAAGUUCCCGUGACUACGGAGCAGGAGCUGUUUGGAGUGGAAAAGCGAAAGCCCCGAAGUGAGCCGAGCCAAACCGAACCGUGCAGUGGAAAAGGGGUCAUGAGUAAGGUGUAACGUGCCAAAAGCCAACAAGGGAUAGCGGAGUCCUUUUCUAGCUUCUUCUUGCUUUUAUAUUAGAGAAUUUGAAGACAAAGAUGUUCCAAUAUGUUGCUAUUAUUCUUAUUCUUACUACGAUGAAUUCUUCUUCUUACUGUUCCUAUGAUCCUCAUGGUUACUGUAUCCGAUUAUUUCAACGUGGCAUGGCUCCGUGGCGGCAUGCCCCAACUGGUCGUUUGAGGCAUUUUGAGACAUUUGAGCGCCCCCUUUCUACAAGGAGGACCUGGUGCGGCUCCUCGGCUAACACCAGGAGGUGCUGUCCAGGUGUGAGUUAAAGUUCUAUAUUUGCAGCAGAGGUUUGUACCACGUGCUUUUUCAAUACCUUUCCCCGGAAGUUACUUAACCACCGGCCGGCUCAGUUUCAAUGUUGUUUUUUUUUUUUGUUUAUUUUGAAGUUGAACUUCAAAGAAAAAAAAUAACAAAUCUUCAAGUGAAUGUCUUUAAUUCCCACAAGGGGAAACCUAUCUGCACUGUUUAAAAAAAAAAAAACUAAGGAAAAAAAGAGCUAGAACUCUUGUCGACUUCCUUCCUGAAACACCGUAGCUCCACUGUGUCCCUGUUUGGAACUGGGUUACUUGCUUUUUCUUUGGUUUUGGUUUAUAAUCUCUGGUUCCACUGUGGUGCCGUCGUGCCAACUUGAGUGUUUUGCAAACAAUUUCAGGCACGAUCUAUAUACAGACCUCCUAGCGUACAACGGUACACACAGUACGCAUACAGUAUACAGUACAUGCUGUAUGAAACAUCCAACCACAAUUUGCACAAGAUCGUGUCACCUUUCAAUCGUCCAAUCAUUCUUAAGACCAAAGUACUGUGGAAAUCUAUUGACCCCCUGUAGAACACCCCUCCCCCACCCCAAAACAACAAAUGCAUACGCUCAAGUGUACUCAUGCAGAGUCCGCCGCUGACGCAGAUGAUGAAUGUAUUCUUUGCCAACAGUCAAAUUACUUCUCAUGAUGAGUUUAUAGACCACAAGGGCCCUCUCACAAGUCCACGGAAGUUGUGCAUUUAUGGUGACCUGUUGAAAAAGUUGUAACUUUUUACACUGAUGGGAUUUUUUUGUGUUAGAAUCAGUUGUCAGAAUGUGAAGGACAAGAAAGGACAAAAACACAGUGGCAACAGCAGAGGUUAAUUAGUUCAAUCUGUGCCAAAACUCUGCUAAAGCCAUCAAGGGGACACCUCAAGCCGAGACGAAAGCUGAUGUUGACUAGUUGUGACAUGCAAAAAAAGCCACUUUCUCACAAGAAUUUAGUAAGAUUUUGUACAACAAAGUGCAAAAUUAGUACAGUGGAACCUCCAAUAUUGCCACUUGACCUAAUCCUAACUGAGCCCACUCCGAGCCUAACCCCGGCCCGAUCCACAACCCCAACCCCAACUCUGAGCCCAUCCCAACCCUAUAACUCCAACCACAAGCCCAGCCCCAAACUCUAGGCCCAAGCCCAAAACUGAGCCCAUUCCAACCCUAUAACUCCAACCACAAGCCCAUCCCCAACUCUAGGCUAAGCCCAAAGAUGAGUCCAUUCCAACCCUAACCCCAGCCUCAAUUCCAACUCUGAGCCCAUCCUAACCAUAAUCCCAGCCCUAUGACUCCAACCACAAGCCCAGCCCUAACUCUAGGCUAAGCCCAAAGCUGAGCCCAUCCCAACCCUAAACUCAGCCCUAUGACUCCAACCACAACGGCAGGCUCUACUCUAGGCUAAGACCAAAGCUGAGUCCAUCUCAACCCUAACCCUAUGACUCUAACCACAAGGCCAGGCCCAACUGUAGGCUAAGCCCAAAGCUGAGCCCAUCCCAACCGUAAACUCAGCCCUAUGACUCCAACCACAACAGCAGGCUGAACUCUAGGCUAAGCCCAAAGCUGAGCCCAUCCCAACCCUGAACUCAGCCCUAUGACUCCAACCACAACAGCAGGCUCAACUCUAGGCGGCUAAGACCAAAGCUGAGCCCAUCCCAACCCUAAACUCAGCCUGAUGACUCCAACCACAAAGCCAGGCUCAACUCUAGGCUAAGCCCAAAGCUGAGCCCGUCCAAACUGUAACCCCAACUCCAGCUCCAAUUCAAAGCUCAACCACAGCCGUAGCCCAACUCCCAGCUGUUUAACAGCAAUCCUAACCACCAUUGCCACCCAGCUCCACCUCUAAUCCUAACCCCAGCCCAGACCGUGGAAAUUUAGAGGUUCCACUGCAGUCUGUAGAAAACGUCUAAUUAUAAUAAGUAAUUAUAUAUAUAUUUUUUUCUACUUUCAAAAAUAUAUUUUUGAAAUGAAAUGAGUUGUAGUGCUUAACAUUUGACUAAAUUCUGGAGAGAACAGACUGGCCAACGUUGAUUGUUGUGUGAUGAAAUGGUACAAAGAAACCUUUCUGAGCGCCGGUAACGCCACAAUCGAGGGCGAUGACAUCACAGCUUUUUUUAUGGAGCUGGACGUCUUUCCGGAGCCCAUCCGAAAGCAGAGCGACGAGCCUGCCCGGAUUGUGGCUUCAGCUCCACAGCAGCCUUAAAAUAUUCCACUUUUUCUGCUCUUCUUUUCUGGGUCUGCCAUCUUUUCAACCUUGUGCUUUCUUCUUGUUGACCGACGAGUAGACGCUAUUGUCCAUCUUGUCCGUGCCGCCAUGUGCGACCGCUUGUGCCGGACUUGUCAGAGCGGCAGACAACGAGUUGACGAGGACGCUGAUGGGAGCGCUGAUGCUCAUCGGGACUUUCAAAGCCGGAAUGCUGUGAGACGGACACAAACGAUAGCGGAGACGCCUCAGCGGAAGACUUUCUUUCUUUUUUCCUGUCCAACCAUUUAAAAGAGCACAAUAAAGUUUCACCGUUUCUCCUUUCUUUGACAAAUCAUGAGUGGAUUCUUUGCAUGUUGGGAAAUCAUUGCUUUGUUGCUCCAAGCUGGAUUUAGCAGAAAGAGAGUCCAUAUGUUCCCAUACUGGACUCUGAUUGGUUCAUCCGUCCCAUCACUUCCAUUGACAUUGUCAAUGUCAAUGACAAUUGUCAUUUCUUUGAAUAUUUUUUUAUUUCCAGCCUUAUUUUGAGUUUUUUUCAUUAUUUUUGUGCAAGGUUCCCACUGCCAUUAAAGUGGACCUAUGAUUCUUUUUCCCCGUUUCGGGUCUAUGAAUAGAGUUAAAAUGUUGUAUUCUGGUGUUAAACCAUGCCGAUGUUUCAGAUCAUGAGGUUUGGAUAUUUGGAAGUGAUCCCUGAAACAAGUUUGGGAUGGCUCAGAUUUUCUAAGAGUUCUACUGACGUCAAUGUUUUCAUACUUGGUAAUGAUAAUGGUUUAAUUUGAUUUGAACAUGCAUCAAAUUACAAUUCAGUCAAUUCACAGUUCCACAUGUCCAAAAGGAGUAGGAAGAAGCAAAGCUUAUUAAAUCCUACCCCUCCAUUUGGUUCUUUAUAGUAGUAGUAACUGUUACAUUUGUUCACUUCCUUUUUUUUUUUUAAUGUAAUUUAUUUUAUUAAUUUUUAUUUUUUGAUUUUUUUUUUUUACGUACCGAAGUACGAGGUGAUAUGACCAUACAAUGACAUAAUGGGUACUAUUAUGCUUGGGAUGUGUCAUUUAGGACAGGAAUAUGUGACACUCGCUUUAGUACGAUUUUUGGGACCAACGCUUUGCAUGUCGAGGAACAGUUGAGACGAAAAAGGGGAACGAGACAAAAACAAAGGAGGAGCAGCAAAAGAGGAGAGGAAGAAGAGUGUGGUGUGUGUGGAAAGGCUGCCAUGCUUUAAGUGUUGUGAUGAAUUAAAGAUGGAGGAGAAUUGCUUUGAAACAUUUAGUGAGGAGAUGAUUUCCGUAAAGCAACCUUCCCAACUUCUUUACUGCUUGCUCAUGCUGCGUGUGUUCUUGUUGUCUUUCUAUCUAUUUGUGUUAUCUCUUUCAUGACACAAAGAAAAUAUAAGGACUGUAUAUACUGUACAGACUAUACAGUACAGUACUGUACUGUGUAUAACAAGGGGUGUCCAAAGUGUGGAACACGACACAUGUUAGAAACAAAAACAGCUGUGGUCGAGGCAAAAACUCAGGUGUGGGAGGAAUUAGGUGAAGCCAUGGAGCACGACUUUUGGUCGGCCUCGAAGAGGUUCUAGCAAACCCGGUCCAGUGCCCCCGGAGUACGCGAUUGGUGGCGAGCCACUACGUACCAUCCAGUCCUUGUCUAAACAGGGAAAACACACCUACAGAGUAGUAGAGCCGCUUCUAGUCUGGAUGCUUCCCGGACGCCUCUAUGGUGAGGAGUUCCCGGUAUGCCCGGUAUAAGCUACCGGAGCCGGUAGAAGGCCCCGGGGCAGACCUAGGACACGCUGGAGGGAUUAUGUUUCACAGCUGGCCCGGGAACACCUUGGGGAACGCCUUGGGGUCCUCUCGGUGGAGCUGGAAGGGUGGCUUGGGAUCGCUGCUGAUAAAAUAUAUUAUAGAUAUAUAUAUAGAUUAUAUAUAGAUAUUCGAGUUAUAUUAUUUUCAAAAAAUUAUAACUUAUUUUUAAAAAAAUUAUAAAAAAUAAUGAAUAAAAAAUAAAAUAAAAACACAAAUCAUAUUUAUUAACUAGGAAUAAAUUGACCAAUGAUUUUUCCAUAUAUCCACCAAUAAACCUGUAAGGAAAUAAUAAUAACAUCUAUAACCUGAUGGAUGGCUGAAUCAAAAACUAUGAAAAUAUAAUUGUCAACAUGACCCCCCCCCACCCCCCACACACUAACUUAAAGGUACCAAAUACCACCCAGAAGUGCAUCCAAUUCUACACAAGUUCCUACUACACUACUACUACAACUACAACUAAGUUCUACACAAGUACUUACUUAACCGUUUAAAGGCAAAGUCAACAUUACACUGUCAACAGCCUUAACGUUAGCGAGCUAAUGCUAACAGAGCCAACAGGAGAAGCCCAACCCCCGGAAGUAAAUAGCAACUAAAUGCAGCCCAACGGAGUCAAACUCCGCUAUUACUGAUAGUUGAAAACAGCAUCGGAAACCCAGCAGAGGUGAAAGGUCGUAUGUUUAUAAACAAAAUACGGAUGCUAACUAACUAAGUUGAGCCUCCUCUGUUGCUGGGAGGGGCACGCAGACUGCUCUGUGUCGCUCUGUCCCCGCCCCCUACUGCUGAACACCAGUCCCUCAUUGGCUGAUCCGGACAUAGACUGUGGUCUCACCAAGAAAUGCAGCUUUUUGAUGUUUUCAUUGUUCCCUGAUACUACUAUUUUAAAAAUAUUUGUUCCAAUGAAUUAUUCGUAAAAAAUAAACAAGUAAUUAUUUGUGCGUUCCGAAUACCGUAUUGGGAUUAGGUUCCACCCCUAGCAUACACUAGCUUCUUGGAACACAGCACACAAAAACAUAGACCUUUCCCCGUGUUGUCUUGAAUGCAGCAUAAUCGUAGGUUUGGACAGUAGAGGUUUGGGGGGGAGGGGCUUGGCAAUAGCUGCUUUCCUUAACUUUUGUCUACACUCAUUACAGCAUAUGGAUAGUUCACCUAAAUAUAUCGAGAUAUGACUUACGGGCCAUAUGACACAUUAAAAUGUCCAUCUAUGCAGCUUUUUUUUUUUUAAAUAUAGGCUCAUCAUCAUCUGAUCAGUAUUCACUUCCUUAUGAAUGCUGUGAGGAGACUCACAUUCUCAUUGUAGAGGACUUCCUGCUUUACACCUACCAAUCAUUGAUCAACGUGCUGAACCAGAACUUUAUUUCCAUCCCAUAUGGAAAUGCAAAAUGCAAAAAGAAUGAAUAAGAAUGCAAAAAGAGGAGGUGUUCAAGGAACUACACGGUACCAGACCCCCCGGCCUCUUUGAUGGCCACGUCUGGCCCAUGUACUUGAAACACAAGAAAAUCAUGCAACCCCGUGUGAGUUUGGCCACCAUGAUGGUGAGCAUGUGAGCAAAACAUGUGAUAGACGCUCCAAAAGCAGUGGCGGGGCUUUCCAGCCACCCCACUGACCAUCUAGUCUAAGUAUAGGUUUGUUUAGAACGGGAGGUUGGGUACCCGUGGUGUACAGUGUAGGUGUAGGUGUGUUUGGAACAGGAGGUAGGACACCUGUGGUGUAUAGUGUAAGUGUGUUUGGAACGUUAGGUAGGACACCCGUGGCGUAUAGUGUAGGUGUGUUUGGAACGGGAAGGAGGACUCCCGUGGUGUAUAGUGUAAGUGUGGUUGGAAUGUAAGGUCGGACACCUGUUGUGUAUAGUGUAAGUGUGGGUUUGUUUAGAACGGGAGGUAGGACACCCGUGGGGUAUAGUGUAAGUGUGUUUGGAACGGGAGGUAGGACACCUGUUGUGUAUAGUGUAAGUGUGGGUUUGUUUAGAACGGGAGGUAGGACACCCGUGGGGUAUAGUGUAAGUGUGUUUGGAACGGGAGGUAGGACACCUGUUGUGUAUAGUGUAAGUGUAGGGGUGUUUGAAACGGGAGGUAGGACACCCGCGAUGUAUAGUGUAAGUGAUAGUGUGUUUGGAACAGGAGGUAGGACACCCGUGGUGUAUAGUGGAGGUGUGUUCGGAAUGUUAGGUAGGACACCCGUGGUGUAUAGUGUAAGUGUGUUUGGAACGGGAGGUAGGACACCCGUGGUGUAUACUGUAAAGUGUUUGGAGUGACAAAGCAAAGUGAAAAAGCGCUGCCUGGGCACUUUCUGUCAGCUGAUGAAUAUUUAAUGAGCUAUCAGCCUGAAUGCUAAUUAGUUUGGAUGGCUGAUGAAGUCAAGAUAACCAAGACUUCACCUCCGUCAUGAGCAAUUCACAUUCAUAUUCAUCCAUGGCAACACCAGUUUGCAUCCACCUUUGUUGUACUGUCUAUCAUGCCAAGGGAAGCCCCUGGCCAAAUUGGGCCCCAAGUAAAAUGUUAUUAGGAGCCCCCACUUAUACCCCUGCCCAUCCCAAAUCCAUCAUCGGUACAAAAUGUCCAUACAACAACAUGCCAUUUAACUUGACAAUGUUUACUAAGAAUAGCAUAUGUGCUUUAUAAGUAUAGAUACACUACUUUGUAUGAGUCAAAUAAAAUUUAAUUCAACCAUUCCAUUCCGCUUAGCCGGGUCCGGGUCGCGGGGGCACCAGUCUCAGCAGGGAGGCCCAGGCAUGUUCACUUUUCUCCACCAAUGUUUUACUUUGGGGAAAGGCAGGCUUCUAUUAGCACAUGGGAUGGAUGGUUCCCGGCACGUUAACCGUAAUACCCGAAGUAAUUACGCCCGCAAUCUGCCGCUGCGAUCGGUCCGUGAGCAUGAUUAUGUGUUGUUAUAUUUCCCAUCCACUUGAAUUGGUCUCAGGUCCGCAAAAAGUUGUUUUUCUCCCUUUUCUAGUCAGGAACUGAUAUUUCCACGAAACUAUCCCAUGUGCUUCCCUAUGAUUACUAAAGAAUGCAAUAUAAACCAACUUUUUUCUGAUGAAAGAUGAGAGCCUUGUCUUCCUUCCAUCCAUUUUCUGUACCACUCAUCCUGACUCGGGUGGACUGGUGGCACAUAUAGACAAACAACCAUUCCCACCCACAUUCAUACCUAUGGACAAUUUGGAGUGGCCAAUGAAGCUAACAUGUUUUUGGAAAGGGGGAGGAAACCGGAGUACCCGGAGAAAAGUCACACACAGGGAGAACAUGCAAACUCCACACAGAGAUGCUCGAGCGAAGAAUCCAACCACAUGCUAACCACUCCGCUCCGCCUCUCCCCGAUCCAACCUGAGGAAAAGUGGCCUGGUCCAUUUCCACUGUCACACAAAUGGCACCAAAGAGCAGCAAAGCUACUUUGAUAGGCUUGCUGGUGAGAGUAACGAAUAAAAGAGCGGGGACGAUGAGGGAGAGGAAGGUGAGGUGGAAGAGGGUGCAAUGGAAGGCAAGUUGCUUCAACUUGACAGGUUUGUGCUGCGGGACAAAAAGGUUGAUUUAGCACAAAGGGAGAACUCAAAGGCGCCUUCUUCCCGCAAAAAGAACAUUUCUUCACAAUCGCUCAAUGAAAUACUGGAGAACAGUGAUUCCCAACCAGGGGCUGGCGUACCCCUAGCGGUGAUGAGAGGUAAUGAGAGGUAAAUAUUCAUUUCAUGCCAAGCCAGAAUAAAAUGGAAGGUGUGUGCUACCACUCGUUUCCCCAGGGAGACAAUAAGCUGUGACGCAUCUGCAGCAAAUCCUAACAGCUGUGUAUCAACAUGUAUGAAUGGGGAGGGGGGUGCGCUCAUGAUAGGACAAAAAGGCUCUUAGGGUAAACAGGUAGGGGCCGGUGCUAAUUCAAAAUAACUCUGACUACCUAUGAUUUAAAAAUGUGAGAUGAGGCGAGAUGACCCGUGCUGUGCUGUGCUGUGAGACAACGCUCCUUUUUUCCUGCCUGUGGACGUUAACGCCUAAAGCCAUGGAGGACUUUCCAACUGCUGGAUGGAAAUGAAAGUUAUGUAGAAUAUGAAUUGGGUGUGAAAUAUGGUCUUUAAUCGUAUCAGCAACCACGAAUGAUCCCAUGAAUGGAAACACUUGAUCACCUGAAAUGCCAGCGCCGUGCUGUUUGAAAAGUGCCAGAGACCUCUGUGGCGUCACAGCGACUGCUCGGGGCUUGUGUGCCCCAAUACAGUGCACCUUUCUGGGUCACAGCAGGUGGCUCCUCCCCCUCUAUACUCUGGUUCUCCUAAUGGUAGCAUUAUUUAGUAUUCAUUCAUUAAUUUUCUACUGCUUAUCCUCACAAGGGUCGCGGGGGUGCUGGAGCCUAACCCAGCUGUCUUCGGGCAAGAGGUGGGGUACACCCUGGACUGGUCACCAGCCAAUCACAGGGCACAUAUAGACAAACAACCAUUCCCACCCACAUUCAUACCUAUGGACAAUUUGGAGUCGCCAAUUAACCUAGCAUGUUUUUGGAAUGUGGAAGGAAACCGGAGUCAAUGCAAACUCCACACAGAGAUGCCUGAGAGUGCAAUCGAACUCUGGUCUCCUAGCUGUGUGGCCUGCAUGCUAACCACUCGUCCGCCGUGCAGCCCAGUAUUUAUUUGAUAGACUUUAUGCUACAAGAUGCAUCAUUUAGGCAAAAAAGUCAAGUUUUUGGCCUAAUUGGCGGCAUUUAUUAAAGGGGACCCAUUACACUCAUUUUUUAGCCCUGUCUAAUGCGUUGUGGACUCCUAUAGAGCAGAUACACACAAUAACCCACACAGAAUGCUUUUUAGAUCUUCCAGAAUCUGCACCGAUCCCACCUGGAUCUCCAAAACAGCCAUGGUCCGCCUGCGGGCACGUCCACACCACUGUGAUUGGUCACACUCAGCUUGUACAGCUCGUACCCAGACACGCCUACAGUCUGGAAGUCCGGACUUUAAGCCAGUGGUAGUUAAACAAAGCGUUCACAGCCAUCCCAAACUUGUUCAGGGAUUCCUUCCAAGCACAAACCUUAUUCUCUGAAAUUUUGGCAUGGUUUAACACCAGAAUACAACAUUCUAACUACAUUUAUAGGUCAGAAAAGGGAGAAAUCAUAUAUCCCAUCUUGUGAAUAGAUUUUUGACAAACCGUGACAGAGUGAAGUCGUGAAAUUCUGUCACCAGUAGGUCCCCCCCCCCCCAGCUCCUGGACCACGUCUAACCUCCUUCCUGCUCCCUACAAAAAGACCACAAGGAGAAACUUCAGUAGAACGUUUAUGUUCAACAAACACAAAAAAGUGAAAAGGGACAGAGGUUAAAAAAAAACAAAAAACUCCUGACAACUUUGUCAUGAAGUAAUGGAACAAUAAAAAAAUGUCAAGCAGUGGUUUGCCGGCCAAAGAGUUCAAGGGUCACCGCCGAGAUGAAGACAGGGAUGCUGUUCUGGUGAUGAAGGUGAAGGUUCACCAUCUCAUCCAGGCUUUUGGAGAAGGUCGUUUCCAUCAGCUGCAUGUUUCCUGUCGGGCCCUGCACACACACACACACACACACACACACACACACACACAGUUAAAGAGAAAGACUUUCAAAGUAAAAGUGUCAUCACUAUGUUGUUUCCAUCUGCUGGGAAUUGUCACAAUAAUGUGCAUGUGCGUGUGUGUGUGUGUGUGUGCGUGUGCGAGCAUCCACGGCAGACUGAAGGUGUCUAAAUCUGUGUGGAUUAAUUAGAAGGAGCAGCUCAGGGCGAUAGAGUGAAGGAGAGAGUGAUGAGGGAAACGAGGGAUGGAGUAAUUAAAACAUUGCAUGGAGGAAGCGAGGAAGCGAAGGAGGAGCAGAACGGCGUAGUGUGCUGGGAGACGUCUUCCAAUCAGCCCACACACACACACACACACACACACACACACACACACACACACACACAGUAUUUGACAAGAAGCCUAUAGAUCACAGAAAGCAUCGGCCCUCACGUGAGAACAUGCACGGGGUACAGGUGCCCAUUUAACAGUGGGCGUCACAAAAUCUGAUGAGACCUCGCCCCACCCCCACCAAGAGCAAUAUAAAUAAAUCAAUGAAUCACACAUGAAA